UCAUGCAAUAAACUAGAGCAGGUUUACCCCCGUCAGAUAAAACCAAACUGAAGGUCUACUAGAAAAAAGCCCGUGAAGGCACCCUCGCUUCAUUGUGGCCCUGCAGAGCUGGUAACGCCAUCAUCACACGCAGCACGGAGACAUCGGGGCCAGCACGGCAACGCUUCUGUCCCAGCCUCUCUGCCACAUUACUCCAGGAGAUGGACUGCAGACCUGCGGAUCAGUAGACGGGUCUGAACCGGGCCUUUGUUUUGGUGGCGCACAAAGCAAUGUGGAGGAAAUAAAAAUCCUGAGACGCUGAAAACAAGAGAUUAUAGAUAAUGGGCUGUGUGCAAUGCAAGGAUAAGGAAGCAACCAAACUCACAGACGACAGAGACACCAGCAUCUCCCAGGGAGCCGGGUACCGUUAUGGGGCUGACCCCACGCCCCAGCACUACCCCAACUUCGGGGUCACCGCCAUCCCCAACUACAACAACUUCCACACCCCCGUCGGACAGGGGAUGACCGUCUUUGGCGGGGUCAGCACCUCCUCUCACACUGGGACCCUGAGGACUCGUGGUGGGACGGGAGUCACCCUCUUUGUGGCACUUUAUGACUACGAGGCACGGACAGAAGACGACCUCAGCUUCAGGAAAGGAGAAAGGUUCCAGAUUAUCAACAGCACGGAAGGGGACUGGUGGGACGCUCGAUCACUCACCACCGGUGGCAGUGGCUACAUUCCCAGUAAUUACGUGGCUCCAGUGGACUCCAUCCAGGCUGAGGACUGGUACUUUGGUAAACUGGGCCGGAAGGAUGCUGAGAGGCAGCUGCUGUCCACUGGCAACCCUCGGGGGACCUAUCUGAUCCGGGAGAGUGAAACCACAAAGGGUGCCUUCUCCUUGUCCAUACGGGACUGGGACGACGUGAAGAGCGAUCAUGUCAAGCAUUAUAAGAUCCGCAAGCUGGACAGCGGCGGCUACUACAUCACCACAAGGGCUCAGUUUGACACACUGCAGCAGCUGGUUCAGCAUUACUCAGACCGAGCCGCCGGUCUCUGCUGUCGCUUGGUGGUUCCCUGCCACAAAGGGAUGCCCCGCCUUGCGGACCUGUCUGUCAAAACCAAAGACGUGUGGGAGAUCCCGCGGGAGUCUCUGCAGCUCAUCAAGCGCCUUGGAAACGGGCAGUUUGGGGAGGUUUGGAUGGAGAGUGCGGAUGGUUUGUGCUUUAAUUUAACGGGCGUGUGUGUGAACUACAUCCCUGACACUGUGGGCUUGAGUCAUGAUGCCUGGGAGAUCCGCAGAGACGCUCUUGAUUUGGAAGUAAAGCUGGGGACGGGAUGUUUUGCUGAUGUGUUUUACGGAACGUGGAAUGGUACCACGAAGGUGGCGGUAAAGACUCUGAAGCCUGGCACCAUGUCCCCCGAGUCCUUCCUGGAGGAGGCUCAGAUCAUGAAGAAGCUCCGCCAUGACAAGUUGGUGCAGCUGUACGCCGUGGUGUCUGAGGAGCCGAUCUACAUCGUCACAGAGUACAUGGGCAAAGGAAGCCUUCUGGACUUCUUAAAGGAUGGAGAGGGACGAGCGUUGAAGCUGCCGAACCUGGUGGACAUGGCAGCACAGGUGGCAGCAGGGAUGGCCUACAUCGAGAGGAUGAACUACAUCCACAGAGACCUGCGCUCCGCCAACAUCCUGGUGGGAGACAACCUCGUGUGCAAGAUCGCUGACUUUGGCCUAGCUAGGCUCAUCGAAGACAAUGAGUACACGGCUCGGCAAGGUGCAAAGUUCCCCAUUAAGUGGACGGCCCCGGAGGCUGCCCUGUACGGGAAGUUCACCAUCAAGUCAGACGUGUGGUCGUUUGGCAUCUUGCUGACGGAGCUGGUCACCAAGGGUCGGGUGCCUUACCCAGGCAUGAACAACCGGGAGGUGCUGGAGCAGGUGGAGCGAGGCUACAGGAUGCCGUGCCCUCAGGACUGCCCCAUCUCUCUGCACGAGCUCAUGCUGCAGUGCUGGAAGAAGGACGCAGAGGAGCGGCCCACCUUUGAGUACCUGCAGGCUUUCUUAGAGGACUACUUCACAGCCACCGAGCCUCAGUACCAGCCCGGGGACAACCUCUAAACCCCCCAACUCCACCCGCCAACUCCACCCUGCUCUGUGUAGGCCUGCAGGCUGGGGCAGGACUGGCUGAAUCAGAGCUGUUACACAAACUCUCCAGCCUUCCCAGCCUGGACUGUAUUUUAAGGAUCUGUACAGCUUCCUGAGCUCCACCACCGACCCCCUCAAACACAGCCCUCAGCCUCUGACACGCCCCCCGGUGUCUGAACUCUGCAAACGCAACGAUGAAUGAAGUGGAGGAGGUGGGAUGGAGGAUUGGACGGGGGAGACUGGGGUUGUGAUGAUGCAAUGCAAUCCCUGUAUUCAAUGUAAAUAAGAAAUGUUUGCUUUAGUUUGUUGCCUCCGUUUCAGAUUUUAUUUUCUCUUGCACAAAAUAAUAAUGAUGAUGAUGAUGAUGAUGAUGAUGAUGAUGAGAAAUGAAGAAGGUAGAGAACCACCAGGCACAGUCUGUAGCUCCUGUAUUCUUGCACACAGACUCAUUGAAAAGUUAUUUUUUAUCAACAGAACCUCCUGCACAUGUUUCUGUUGUUGUUGACAUCCCAGCCGGAGUAAAUGAGACUCACACAGCGGCCAUUUUCCUCUGAGCUCCUGCUCGGGACAGAAACUAGAGUAGAGUGUCAUUCUGUCGUGUUCCAGGAUGCUGCACACUCCCAAGACGUUACACCUUCUCUGCUCUCUGAUUGAUCAUCAACUUAAAGAGAAAAAGGAAAAAUGGAGCCUCCUCCAUGGUAACUAAUAUAAAUUAGUGCUAGGUUCACUUCACACAGGAAAAAGCAUGCAUGUAGGUUUAGGACCUAUACUCUAGCCAGUCUGUAGAGGGAGCUCUCGCUGUGGGAGCUCUAACUGUGGGAGCUCUCACUGUGGGAGCUGUCACUGUUUUAGCUUCACCAUUGAGCAGCAUUAACGUUUGAAUCCAGUCUGAACGAAGCCUCACAGAGCAGGAGAAUGUUUAUGUGUGUUGUUCGCCCCAUGAAACACAACCACACGUCCUGCAGGGUCGGGCUUGGGUCCACUCUGAUGUUUAGAUCAGUUGCUGAUAAAUCAGAAAGCAUUGAAAUGAGGAGGAUUUGAAAGGUGACACUGUUUUGCAUAAUGUAGAACAUGGAAAACAGCACUGGGUCAUUUACAUGUCAGUGAUACUGUGGAAAAUGGCCGCCUUGUGAGUCCAGUAACCAGCUGAGGCUCCCUCACGUGAGCAUGAUGCAGUCUGAUGCAGUCUGAUGCAGUCCUCCAUAACUGUCUGUCUGUAUCAAUUUACCGCCUUUGCCCUCAAAGCUUCCUCAGAGUGCUUGUUGUUAGGAUGCUGCUGUAAGGACGAAAUAUUCACCUCAUAUUUUUCUAAAUUAGGCCGGGCGUGUGAGGAGGAGUUUUAUCAUUAACCUCCUCACCUCCACUCUUCAUGGAGUGAAGAUCUGGGUGGACAUGUUUCUGUCUCUCUGGACCGAGUGUUGUUCCUGUUAAGCAGAAUUUAAAGUAUGGGGUUCAUUUAAGAAGAGAGGAUGUUUGUCUUAUUGGAGCUAGUUUGGACGGUGUCUUCCUCGUCUCCUUCACAUCCUCCAAUUCAGCCUGCAGCUGAGUCUGGAGCGCCUCACAUCCUCCGUUAUUUCUGCUUUUGUGUUUUACUGACAAGGUUUAUUAUUCCAUCAGAGUCUUUGCUUUUUACAGAGUCUGUUUUAUUUAGGGUGUAGCUCAGAAACAGGGUUCACUUCUGAAUACACAAAAGAACCCACUGAAACAAAUCAAACCAGGUCAUGAUCAGAUUUUAAUGCAGAAGUUUUCACAGCCAACAAAACUCCUCAUGUUCAGUUUGUACAGCUAAAUGGGUUAAGUGUUGUUGACUUUCCUCCUUUCUAUCUUUUCAAUUCCAUUUUUUAACUUCAUUACUUGUUUUGUUAUUUCUGUGAUUUGGCGUUUGAGAUUCAGAAAAGAACAAUAAAAACAUUUUACACUCUUUCCA